AUGAAGAAGAAAAACUUAAUGACCUUGACAGUUGAUGGUAAGAGCAAUCUCAACAUCAUGAAAAAGAGUAAGAAACCAGAAACCAUGACCAAGGAUCCGAUCUACCUUGGAGGAGUGCCUGAAUCUGUCACGAACAAAGGCUUGGAGACAAAAGAGCCAUUUGUUGGUUGCGUCCGCAUAAUGAACCUUGGUGGAGGGAAGAGAGAUAAGAACCGAAUGAAGAAGCAACUUGAUGUUUCUAAGUUGGAUGUUUUCGGGGAUGUCAACAAGCAGGAAUGCCCUCUCGAUUAA